AUCAGCUGUAAAUUCACCCCGCUACUCCCGCCAGUCGUCACAACAUACCUGAAGAUAACAUAACGAUCGAAAAUAAUGCGGCUGUCGUUAUCCCGAAAAUAAGAAGUGAAGAAUCAAGUUAUAAAUACAUCCAAUUGAAAAAAAAAUAAAUAAAUAAAAUUAGUAUCUCCGAAGAGAUUAAUUUAGAUAUCAAAAAAUCGUGAUGAAUUACAUGCUACAGAAACUGUUAAAUAAAAGCGGGUGCAAUGUGUCUUCGUUACGUGAACAGAAUACGAAAAUGGAAGUUUUUAAUGUUACUCGGUUUGAUUAUGAUGAUAGCAUUUAUGAGAGCAAUUUGGAGUUCAUUGCGACCAGAUCCGUUGCCUUUGAGCGAAUUUGACAAAUGUCCCGCGUGCUACGGUCUCUCGGUUUGUGAUGAGAUCGUUAAGGGAAACAUUAAAAUCACACCUUUCGGUCUUUAUUCCGCGGUAGCCCAUGUGAUAGCUUCGAAAAAUGUUUUUUUCGGUACAAUGGGACAAACGAGAGUAGUUUUAAAAAAAUUAGCUCAUAGCUACGAGCUACGAGCCUUAGACGAAGUAAUUUGUGGCAACAAAAGUUUUUCUGGCCUUUGUCCAGGACAUAGAUCUACUGCGAAAUACGAGAGCGAUGUUAACUUUCGUUCUCUCGUUAUAAGGGCUAUUACUUCAAGUUUUUUAGUGCCGGAUGCUAGCAGUCUUAGAUUAUGUCCGAACGCUCAUCACUUCGAUAAACUUUUCGAAAAUAUUUAUGCCAAUGACUUUGACCACAAAGAUAUUUAUCUUUGGACUUUGAUAAGCGUUAAUCCAGAGCCUCUUGUGCUCCAGAUUCUUCCAGCAGAAGAAGGAUGGCCAGUCCCAAAAUACUUGGGAGCAUGCGGGAGGCUUGUUGUCGUAGAGUACAUUGGUUCUCCGUUGACUGCAUAUUACAACGAGCCUUGGAUGCGAAGAGCAAAAAUAGCUGCAAGUUUGUUGGCAGCUGCAAAAAUGUUCACUUUUCGUGAUCCAGAUUUUGGUUUUUAUCUGACCGAUUUAACUCCGGAUAAUAUAGCGGUUACAGAGGACGAUGAAGCCAAGUUCAUCGAUCUUGAGAACAUCAUCAUUGUUGAUAAAAAUAUUUCGUUCAACGAUCGAUCUGAAACGUGGGAUCAGAUGCAAGCUAAUGACGAAAGUAUCGAAUGCAGAAAUUGUUUGGCUUUCAGUCCGGAAGAUAUUUGCAAUCAUCGAAUCAGUGAUCACAAUUAUUAUGCUAUUUGCCAGCACAUAUUAUCGGACAAAACAAGUGCUACCUCAGUUGCCGGUGGAUUUUUGCAUAGCAUACCAAUACACAUUUUAGAGAAAUAUAGCGAUCUCAUUGACAUAUUGGAUCAAUGCGCUGCGCCUGUUUUUCGUCGUUACGAAAGGACAAUCUAUGGUGACAAGCUUAAGGAAAUAUUAGAUAAAAUUGUUAAAGAUACUGGAUAAAUUAAUCGUUAAUGAACUUA